GGAAAAAAAAAAAUCAAGUGUAUUGAUAUUCAAAGAAAUGAGCCAAUAGAACGGGGCCAUCAGGGAGCAGCAGCCAAUCGGCAGCUAGGAGGCACUGCCUGCGCUUUGCAUAAAGCAAUAUUUUGUGUGUGCGGCAAAGUCUGCCGUUUGCAUGUACAGACUGAUUAGUGGGUUUGAAAGGCAAGGCCAUUCUCAGCCUCAUUUCCCGCUCUGGGGAAGGAGCAGGGAGGAAGUGUUUGUGCAGGAGGAUGAUGACAGGGGUCAGUCUCUGCUAAUGGGCCAGUAAAGAAGAUUGGAGGCGAGGCACAGGGAGCAGACACACACACACACACACUAAUACUCUCCAACCAUCACCAAUCAGCCAAGGUGUGUGCACUGUGUAGCCGGGCUCUCUCCACUCCCAUACACUCUGCUGCUCCCCCACUGACAGCCCAUCUUAUUGUCAGUCUCUGUCUCCUUCCCAGGAUCCAGACACCCAGCCUCCCUGGGAGAAACUGCCAUUUCUUUGCCUUUUCUGCCCACUGGAAGGGAAGGGGGGAAUCAGCUCUGCAGAUCAGACUCUCCCCCGGCAGCUGCACAGAGGAUCUAGCGAAGAAGGGAUGCACCAAGUAGUCCUAGGGGGAAAUCACUAGGCGCACAUCGACAGAUGCUGGGAAUUACACAGGCCCUUGGAAGAGAAGCAGAAAAGCUAUCCAGAAUCCCAUCCAUAAACCACGUGGGACCCGGCGGCGACUCAGAGAUGCAGAACAGUCACAGCGGAGUCAAUCAACUCGGGGGAGUGUUUGUGAACGGCCGACCCCUGCCCGACUCCACCAGGCAGAAGAUCGUGGAACUGGCGCACAGCGGCGCACGUCCCUGCGACAUUUCUCGGAUUCUGCAGAGCCAUGCAGAUGCAAAAGUCCCAGUGCUGGAUAGUCAAAACGUGUCCAACGGCUGUGUGAGUAAGAUCUUAGGGAGAUAUUACGAGACUGGAUCGAUCCGACCCAGAGCAAUCGGUGGCAGCAAACCCAGAGUAGCCACCCCAGAAGUGGUUAGCAAGAUAGCCCAGUAUAAAAGAGAGUGCCCUUCCAUCUUUGCAUGGGAAAUCCGAGACAGGUUGCUAUCUGAGGGAGUCUGUACCAACGACAAUAUCCCCAGUGUGUCAUCAAUAAACCGAGUGCUGCGCAACCUGGCGAGCGAAAAGCAACAGAUGGGCGCCGAUGGCAUGUACGACAAGCUCAGGAUGCUGAAUGGGCAAACUGGGACCUGGGGGACCCGGCCAGGGUGGUACCCCGGCACCUCGGUACCUGGCCAGCCAGCACAGGACGGGUGUCAGCCGCAAGAAGGAGGAGGAGGAGGAGAAAACACAAACUCAAUCAGCUCCAAUGGCGAAGACUCAGACGAGGCCCAAAUGAGGCUUCAGCUGAAGAGAAAAUUACAAAGGAACAGAACAUCUUUUACCCAGGAACAAAUAGAGGCCCUAGAAAAAGAAUUUGAACGAACACAUUACCCCGACGUGUUUGCCAGGGAAAGAUUAGCUGCCAAAAUCGACCUGCCAGAAGCAAGAAUACAGGUAUGGUUCUCCAACAGAAGAGCAAAAUGGAGAAGGGAGGAAAAACUUCGAAACCAGAGAAGGCAGGCCAGUAACACACCCAGCCACAUUCCCAUUAGCAGUAGUUUCAGUACGAGCGUCUACCAGCCAAUCCCACAGCCUACCACACCAGUGUCCUCUUUCACAUCGGGUUCCAUGCUGGGCAGAACGGACACAGCAUUGACAAACUCCUACAGUGCGCUGCCACCUAUGCCUAGUUUUACAAUGGGCAACAACCUACCUAUGCAACCCCCUGUACCCAGCCAGACAUCCUCCUACUCAUGCAUGCUGCCCACAAGUCCAUCUGUGAAUGGGCGGAGCUAUGACACAUACACACCUCCCCACAUGCAGACACAUAUGAACAGCCAGCCAAUGGGCACAUCUGGCACCGCCUCUACAGGUCUCAUUUCCCCUGGAGUGUCAGUCCCAGUUCAAGUACCCGGCAGUGAACCUGACAUGUCUCAGUACUGGCCAAGACUACAGUAAAAACCGUGUUAAUUUAACCAAUGACUUUAUGGAAAACAGUUGGAUGUUCAGCAGUAUUUUAUAAAGACGGACAGACUGGCAAACAAAGGACUUGUUCACGCCGAUGUGCGUCAGAUACGUGGACUGUUGGAAGGACUGCAUCAUGGACUUUUUGCACAUGGAAGGCGUUAUAUCAGUUGGAACAAAUCUUCAUUUUGAUAUCCAAACUUUUAUCCAUUUGAUGUACUAUUUGUAAAUUGACAUUUGUAUGUUAUGAUGAAUAGAACAACGCGGACUGCAUAGAUGGAUCUACCCCCCCAUUGGUCAUGAAACAGAAUUUUUUUUCCAAUAAGGAACCCAUGAUCAAGCCAAGAAUUUAAAGAGAUAGCCAAGAGAUAUCAAUUCCUUCUACAAUUUUUCUUUUUUGGUACAUGGAUCAACGUUCCAUGUUUGUAUCAACCCCUUUGGUCGGGACCUUUAACCACCACCCCCUCCUAAAUCUUUCCUUGGUACCCCCCGCCCCCAAAAAAGUCGACCCUACUUUACAAAAACAUUAAAAUAAGACAAAGAAGAAAACCACGAAGAGAGACGUUUGGUAGAUGAAAGGUAGAUUGUGUCUUCGAUAUAAUCCAAUUUGUUUUAUGUCGAGAAAUGUAUGUUUUUGUCUUCCCUAGAAAUCUCCCAGAACGAUUUCUAUAAUAAAGUUCAUUUCAUUUUUAUCUGACGAGGAUAUUGUAUAGAUGUUUUAUACACAUUUUCAUGCAUCGCUCAUUUCUUUUUCGGUCAGCGAAUCGUUUAAUUGUUCCUAGAUAGUUGUACGAUAUGUUCACGGUCCAAUCAUCCUUGUGCAUAGAGCUCAUCCCUUAUACCGAUUAAAGUGCUUGCGAGAGUUUUCAUCUUAAGUGUUUUCAAGUUGUUUACAGCGACAUAUCGAGAUUAACCAUUGUUGAUUGUAAAAAAAAAAAAAAAAGACAAAAACCAUACCAAAGCCUUUGUAUCUCCUUUAUUAUAUUAUUUCAUUUUAA